CCUGGGGUCCCAAUUCUUCUCCUCGUUACCUCGUCGUCCUCGAUUGACUUUCCUGACGGCCGUGGCUUGGAGGCUGAUCGUGUUCCGUCCUCCUUUCUGCUCGCUGCCUCACUCUUCCAUGACUGACAUUUGCUGAUCCGACCCUCUGAUUUAGCUUUUAUCACUUCUUAUCUAAGUAAGAGCUCGUGCUUAUCAUGGGUGACUACGGGCAAAGUGUGUCGUCACUCACGGCACAAGCACCGGGCAACAAUCCGCCUUCCUCGAUCACGGACUCGGAUGAGAUCUCGGUCCUGGUGACGGGAUUCGGGCCUUUCAAAACCAACCUAGUCAACGCCUCAUACCUGAUCGCCUCAUCCCUACCCUCCUCUUUUACCUUCUCCCCUACACCAUCCAAAGACUCCGACGCCUCCCCUCGUCGCGUCUCAAUCCACGUUCAUCCCUCCCCGAUACCCGUCGCCUAUUCAACGGUCAGCACGACCAUCCCCACCAUCCUAGACGACUAUGUCAAGACGCACGGCCGACGUCCCGACAUCAUCCUCCACCUGGGCAUCGCCGGAAUGAGGAAAUUCUACUCCGUGGAGACGAAAGCCCAUCGCGACGGAUAUAUCAUGUCCGACAUCAAAGGCAGAGCCGGCUACGAGGAUGGCGAGAAACACUGGAGGGAGCUCGACUUGCCCCUGAUGCUGAAGGCUGGGCCAGCGACUGAAUCCGAGAUUUCGUCUUCGGAAAAGGGGCGUUUGAAUCCUCGCGUACCGGAUGACACCUUCUUGGCCGCGUGGAAGGCAUUCUGUCCGCCGGAAACGGACGCCCGGAUUUCCACCGAUGCGGGGCGGUAUCUCUGCGAAUUCAUCUUCUACACGAGCCUAGCACUAGCUUACCAGGGUGGCCAUAACCGUAAUGUCAGCUUCUUUCAUGUCCCUGCGUCGUGUUUGGACGAGGAUAUCGAGACCGGCAAGGAGAUUGCCAUUGCAUUGAUCAAGGCUCUGGUGACAAGCUGGAGUGACGAGCAGGUUCCGAGUGAUGCUAGCUCUACUUAACAUGUGAGCAUUGGUAUAUUGCAUGCUCUAAAGUACUUUUCGAUUUCUUCUAUUCUCUCCGACCUGGUUUCGGAGGCUUCGUUGAUAUUUUUGGUUCAUAUAUUAUGCAUGCAUCGUUUGAAUUGUUGUCGGCGUCUGUUGAGGGUCGAAACCCACCUGCAUCACCACUUGGCGCCGCUUGUGCAUCUUGGGGCAUAUGAAAUAAUCAGGUACUUAAUAAUUUCCGCAACCGAUCAUUUAGCUACGAGUCAGAAUCUGGUAGUCUGCUCUCUAGUGUUGUUUUUGAUUGUGCUUUACUAGUUGCAACUAGCAGAGCCAUUCUUCUGGAUGACGCCAUGUGGUGCUUACUCGUUCAAUGAAUGUAAGGCAAAAGGUUCCUGGAUGACAUGAUGAUCCAGGCACUUGUCUUUCGGUGACUGAGAACCGGUCGAGGGAAUAGCAAUGAAGAACUAAGGAUGAGAACCAGUAAAGAU